GGGCCUCAACAGUGCCAGGACGCGGCCUCAGGACUUGGGGUUCAUUGCACAUUCCAACCAUGUUCCUGCGACGGCUGGGUGGCUGGCUACCUGGCCCUUGGAGCCGCCGGAAACCCAGGCCUGACCCGCCCACCCCAGAACCCAGACGGCUGGAUAGCUCCUCUGAAAACUCAGGGAGCGACUGGGACAGCGCCCCAGAAACCAUGGGCGAUGUGGGGCCUUCCCAGAGGAAGGACUCAGGGGCCCGGAGUCGUUCUGGGACUGCUCCCCAACCAAGCAGGGAGCCCCAAGUUGAGCAACUGGGGAGCAAAAGGAUGGAUUCCCUCAAGGGGGACAAGACUGGUGCUGGCAUUCAAGAGUCUGGGAGACGGGAGGCGGCAGAGGCCAUUCCCCAUCUGGGAUGGGGCCCUGUGGACUCAGGUGGCACCAGAUCUGAAGUGCCUCCUGAAGGGGGACUGAGCCCCCCUGGGCCUGCAGCGCCAGUGGAGAAGCCUGGCCGCCGUCAGAAGCUGCUGGGCUGGCUGCGGGGGGAACCAGGUGGGGGAGCAGGGGCUCCCUCGCAGUACCUGGAGGGCCCAGAGGAGUGUCUGCAGAUCUCCACCAACCUGACUCUGCACUUGCUGGAGCUGCUGGCCUCGGCCCUGCUGGGACUGUGUUCACGGCCCCUGCGGGCAGCCCUGGACAUGCUGGGCCUGAGCGGGCCUCUGGGCCUCUGGCUGCAUGGGCUGCUGUCCUUCCUGGCCGCCCUGCACGGGCUCCAUGCCGUGCUGAGCCUACUUACUGCUCACCCCCUGCACUUCGCCUGCCUCUUUGGUCUCCUACAGGCUCUGGUGCUGGCUGUCAGCCUCCGGGAGCCAAGUGGGGAUGAGGACGCCACUGACUUGGAGGGUGAUAAGUUGGGGAGGGAGGGGGAGGAGCAGAGGGGAGACCCAGGAAAGGGGCUGUGACCUCAGAGUGGGUGUGACCAGGCCCCCCUCCCCCUCAAUGGGGUGGGAGCAAGGGUGAAGACAGUGUGGCCUUUAGGGGAGUAGGGGGGGAUGACCCAGAUUGUAAGCACAGGGACCUCAGGGAUGAGGAGGAAACCCCAGAGUAUGAGGGUACCCACCCACCCAGGGAGAGAACAGCCGUUCAGGGCGUCUGGGUUUAUGGACAGUGGGGGCGUAUCCCUUGAAUUCACCAGCUGUUGUUACUUUUUGAUUUUAUAUUUCUCCUACCUUCAA